UUGUGACGUGGGGGCCGCACCUUCUCCCCCGAGGGCGACCCGCGCCCGCCGCCGGCUCCCUGGCUUGGCCCGUUAGAGGCCGCUUCGGUCCGGGAAACGCGGGCAGAUCCACUGGGGCCAUGAGGAAGCUAGCUGCUGGCUUCCUUCUCUCACUCCUCGAGGUGCUGCUCCUACUUCCGACACCUGCCCCAGCCCAGGAUUCAAUUUCGGCCUCCACGCCAGGCAGCCCUCUGUCUUCCACCGAGUAUGAACGCUUCUUCGCGCUGCUAACCCCAACCUGGAAAGCAGAGACUACCUGCCGUCUCCGUGCAACGCACGGCUGCCGGAACCCCACCCUCGUGCAGCUGGACCAGUAUGAAAAUCACGGCUUGGUGCCCGAUGGCGCUGUCUGCUCAGACCUCCCUUAUGCCUCCUGGUUUGAAUCCUUCUGCCAGUUUACUCAGUAUCGUUGCUCCAACCACGUCUACUACGCCAAGAGGGUCCGGUGCUCCCAGCCAGUCUCAAUCCUCUCACCUAACACUCUCAAGGAGAUUGAUGCUUCCUCCGAUGUCCCUCCCACCACGAUGACCUCCCCCCUCUCAUCUCACGUCACAGCCACAGAACGACAGGCCUUCCAGCCGUGGCCUGAGAGGCUUAACAACAAUGUGGAGGAACUGCUGCAAUCGUCCUUGUCCCUGGGGGGCCAGGAGCAAGGUUCAGAGCGCAAGCAGGAACAAGGACAAGAGCACAAGCAAGAACAAGGGCAAGAACAUAAGCAGGAGGAAGGGCAAGAGCAAGAAGAGCAAGAGGAGGAGCUGGAGGAGGAAAAGCAAGAGGAAGGACAGGGGGCAGAGGAGGGACUGGAGUCAAUGGCAGGGCUGCAGACAGACCCAGAGCUCAAGUUCCAGUCAGAAUUUGUGUCUUCCAACCCUUUCUCCUUCACUCCCCGGGUGCGGGAAGUGGAGUCCACGCCUAUGAUGAUAGAGAACAUCCAGGAGCUCAUUCGAUCAGCCCAGGAGAUGGAUGAAAUGAAUGAUCUGUAUGAUGAAGAACCCGUCUGGAAAAAGCCAACCCGUGACAGCCUCCUGCAGAUGCCCCACGUAGAGGCUUUGCUGGUGCUGUGCUAUUCGAUUGUGGAGAACACCUGCACCAUAACCCCCACAGCCAAGGCCUGGCAGUACGUGGAGGAGGAGAUCCUUGGUUUUGGGAAGCCGGUCUGUGAUAGCCUUGGGCGGCGACACUCAGCCACCUGUGACCUCUGUGACUUCUGCUCCCUGAAGCUGGAACAGUGCCACUCAGAGGCCAUCCUGCAGCGGCAGCUGUGUGACAGCUCCCACAAAACACCCUUCAUCAGCCCCUUGCUCAUAGCCCAGAGCAUGUCCAUCGGUACCCAGGUAGGGACCCCAACAUCAGGCCGCUUCUACGGGCUGGAUAUGUAUGGCGGACUCCGCAUGGACUUCUGGUGUGCCCGACUAGCCACCAAGGGCUGUGAAGAUGUUCGAGUGUCCGGCUGGCUCCAGACAGAAUUCCUUAGCUUCCAGGAUGGGGAUUUCCCCACCAAGGUUGGAGCCUUUCCCCAAAGCUCAACCCCGCCCCAGUUAUUCCAGUUCCUUCCAAUUCCUUGCUCCAGUAGCCCUAGGAUGUACGAGGGGGCUAGGGAACUGGCCCUCAUUGAGCCCUCCUGCUUCUUUCCAACAGACACCCUGCCACCCCCUCUCAAAGAAAAGAGCAGGAUUGUGUUGGUCAAAGUAGGAGGAAUCAGAGGGGCAGAGGGGUGGGAGAGCCAGGGACUGGGAGGCAGGAGACCGAGGUUCUGAUCCCCGCUCUGCCUGUUACCUGCUGUGGGGCUUCUGUCAAGUCACUUCCCACACUGGCCCAAAGUGAGACUCACCUCUCAACUGAUGACUAGGUAAUGCCUGAGGUGUCACUGACCUGUGACCCAGUGCUGGCCUGCUUCAGUCUGGCAGGGCUCCUUGCCCUAUGGUUCCAGGCCUUCCCCUGCUCAGCGGGAUCGACUUUGCUCCCUCUCUGCCCAAAGUUACCUCCCUUCUGGAGCUACCAGUUGUUCACUAAUAGCCAGAUCCCUCUUUUCUGUGGUUUAACAGGAAAAAUUCAAGGCCAGGAAAAGCCAGGACAGCUUAAAGGGCUGGUAGGGCUCCUGCCUAGCUCUUAUCCCCGGCCCCUAGACCUGAAAAGGGUCUCAGAGGUCAUCCCUCCCUCUCCCCUGGAUUUAUAGAUGGGGAGGCAAGAUCCACAGAGGGAAGUGGUGCACCCAAGGUCACACAUUAGAGAUUCUUCUACCGUCUCCCUCACUUAACCAUCACUAGAAGACUCCCUGAGAUUGGGCCAUUAAUUGGGCCCCCUUCCCCAUUCCCUCUUCCUUGGCUACUUUCCCAGCAAGCUGACCAGCAAGGCAGCCACUUCAUUCUCUGGCUCCUGGCGUCUUUUCAGCACCAAGCUGUGACUGAGGGUGGGGCAAGAAAAGCAGAGGCGACAGAGGCCUAUUCCUCAGAGAGGGGGCACCCCAGGUGUGGAAGGGCUGGGUCUCAAGGGCUCUGCCCCUGGCCCUGGUUCUGCCAUCAUGGGCUCUCUGGAGGAUGGG